GCCAAUAGAGUCGGGGUAGGGGGCGUGGCGGGAAGUUUGAAACUUGUAACUUUUGGGAGUUGAUCCUCAAACUGGUUUGCACCCACAGGUGGAGUUGGACCCCGGCAUCCUCUCCUCUACCCUGCGGGCCCUGUCCCGACCGCUAGUGGAGAUGGGCUCAGCCAAGAGCCUCCCAGCCACUCCAGCACGGCCUCCACCACAUAACAAGCAUCUGGCUCGAGUAGCAGACCCUCGCUCGCCUAGUGCUGGCAUCCAGCGCACGCCUAUCCAGGUGGAGAGCUCUCCACAAACAAGCCUGCCAGCCAGAGAAGAGCUGGAGGACCCUAAGCAGGCCCAGGACUCAGAUCCUCGCUCUCCUACCCUUGGCAUUUCACGGACACCUAUGAAGACCAGCAGUGUAGACCCUGAGAGUCCACUGGUGACACAGCUGAGUGAAGUAUUUGAGACUGAAGCCUCGAAACCAAAUCUUCCCCCAGAGCCUGUUCUGGCCCUGGGAGCAGUUUCAUCUUCUGAACUGGACUUGUCUGUGGAUACUCAGAUAUCCUUGGAAGACCAGACAAAACCUCGGAACCAGAUCAAGCUCCCCUCUAAACAGGCGUUGUCCAAGGAGGAAGCUAGACAGCCCACUGAAACCCCGGUGGCCAGCCAGAGCGCAGACAAGCCCGCGAGAGAUCCUGAGACUCCCCAGUCUUCAGGUUCUAAGUGCAGUAGACGGAAACAAAACAGCAAGGUCCUAGGGAGAUCUCCCCUCACCAUCCUGCAGGAUGACAACUCCCCUGGGACCCUGACACCACGACAGGGUAAGCGGCCUUCUCCUCUGAGUGACAAUGUCAGGGAACUAAAGGAAGGAGCCAUUCUUGGAACUGGACGACUUGUGAAAACUGGAGGGCGAGCACGGGAGCCAGCCCAGGACCAUGACAAAGAAAAUCAGCACUUUCCUUUGGUAGAGAACUAAGCCCAGUGUGGGCCCAACCUGGACUCAUGCAGUGCCUGGUAACCUUGUGUCCUUUCAGACCUCCUUGCCCAGAGAGACUGGAGAAAGGCUUGUUUGCUUUGACUUCUCUUAAACUACCAACUCGGGGACUUAGAGCUUUAUUGGGCUUUCUUUGUGUCUUAUGUAUUUCUUGUAUAUUAAAGGAAUUUUUUUUUGUCUUUUUGAGA